AUGAGCAACAAACGGAAGAGCACUAGUGACGAAUCUGAGGGACCAUCCAGCAAAAAAAGCAGGACAACGAGCCCAGAGGAGAGUCCCACCCAGGAACCCUCUGAAACAUGUGACUCACCCAGGAUAUCCGGCACUGACAGAAAAGAAGACUUCCUGGAAAAAUAUCAACAGCUGGAGGUGCUGGGUCAAGGAGGCUUUGCCACCGUGUUUUCUGGAAUACGCAUAAAAGACAGUUUUCCAGUGGCAAUCAAACAUGUUCGCCAGCGCAGAGUUGUGCGCACAACAAUGGAUUGGAACGGGAAAAGUACUGAUGUUCCCCUGGAGGUGGCGCUACUGAUACAAGUUGGGGCUGGACCACACGAUACGGAAAGCAGUAUAACCCCACUUCUACUUGAGUGGUUUGAUCUGGAAGAUGAGCUUAUUAUGGUUUUUGAGAAACCAGAAAAUUGCAUGGACUUAAACAAAUACCUCAAAACUACAGAUAAACCUCUGUCAGAGACACAUGUUAAGGUCAUAAUGAAACAAUUAGUCGACGCAGCCAUUACGAUGGAUUACAAGGGGGUUUUCCACCGAGAUAUUAAGCCACACAACAUUCUAAUUGAAACAUCUUCUGAGGAACCCCGAGUGCGAUACAUCGAUUUUGGCUGUGGAGUCACGUUUACUCCAGGACAAAGGUUCAGGAGGAAAGCAGGAACCAGGAACUACAGUAGUCCAGAGUGGUUCAUGUAUGGCUUCUGCUCUGCAGAAUAUACUACAGCCUGGCAGCUGGGUGUUGUGAUGUACCAGCUGUUACACAACAAUUUACCAUUUGACUGCGACUACAAGAUCAUCAACCAAAACCCACCUAUUUUAGCUGACAUUUCAAACAAGCCAAUCCAGCAGCAAGCAGUCUGA